AUGUCUGCUGACCACACUAGGGACCCUUGUCCUAUUGUCAUCUUGAAUGAUUUCGGAGGAGCUUUCUCCAUGGGAGCCAUCGGUGGUUUCUUUUGGCACGGAAUCAAAGGCUUCCGUAACUCGCCUUAUGGAGAAAGACGAAUCGGAGCACUUGCCGCCAUUAAGGCCAGAGCGCCAGUGGUUGGAGGCAACUUCGGUGUUUGGGGAGGAUUAUUCUCCACAUUUGACUGUUCUGUGAAAGCUAUUAGAAAGAGAGAGGACGCCUGGAACGCUAUCAUUGCUGGAUUUUUCGUUGGUGGUGCUUUGGCUAUCAGAGGAGGUUGGAAACACACCCGUAACUCAGCCAUCUCAUGUGCCUGUUUCUUGGGAAUUAUCGAGGGUGUGGGAAUGAUGAUGCAGAGAAUGAUGGCUCAGCCUACUGUGGGACCAGUUUUUCCCGAAGAGCCCAUGAAGGCUUGA